UUCUUUACCUGCCGUACCGUGCUGCCGAAGUAAGCCGUCACGAAGAGCUCACUGCCCCCAACCCCACCGGGUAAAAGAGCUUCCUGCUGUUAGAGUUUACAGACCUCAUAUCAUCAGAGUCUAAAGAUGCUUUUAGCAAAGAGGAGAAAAGAACAAUAGAACGUGUGCGUAUACUCAAGGCUCUAUAGAGGGUUCUUUAGCAGCCAUGGGGGCUAUUUGGUCCUCCGAUACAAGUCCUGACUUGCUAUCAUCUGACUCAACGAUUCCCACUGAUUCUCAUAAGGUUGACUCACCACCAGAUUCAUCAAAUCCCAACAUGUCCAAUUCAGAUUCUAAAACCCCAGACGACCAAACUCCAAAACAUACUGUAGAUCACCAAUUGGAUACCAAAACUCUAGAAGAAGAGAAGCAUCAGGAAGAUGAAGGCGCAUUGGAAAAAGAAGAAGAGCAAGAGGAGGGAGAAUGUGGCUUUUGCUUGUUCAUGAAAGCUGGUGGGUGCAGGGAGAGUUUCAUAGCUUGGGAAAAGUGCGCAGCGGAGUCUGAGAUGAACGAAGAGGAUGUUGCUGAAAAGUGCUUUGAGGUCACCGCGGCCUUGAAGAAGUGUAUGCAGGCUCAUCCAGAUCACUAUGCGCCCAUAUUGAGGCUUGAGAAGGCAGCUGAGGAGGAGACAGUUAAAGACAGUUUGGAAGAAGAAAAGGCUUCAAAGAGCUCGGAGCAAAAUGCCACUUUGAUCCAUUCGAACCAGCAUGGGAAUUCUAGUGAAAAGCGAGACAGUUAAAGACAGUUUCGAAUUUGCCUUGUCAAUUUAUUUAUUUAUUGAUAGGAGCCUUGUCAAUUAAAAUAGUACUAUGAUCUGUACAUUUUCUCAUCUAAUUCCUAGCAUGGGCGGUAAAUGAGAUUUCCUA